AUGAACCAUAAGAUGACAAUGUACUACAACGACAUGUUCCACACCCUGGUGAACAUGCCAAACUACUUAUUUUUCCUAACUUUCCUGCUGUCAUAUCUGAGCAUGUACACCACCUUCGCCUUUCUGUACAUGCUGGAGCCCGAUGGCUGCAUCACUAAGGUCCACCAGUUCUCCCACGCCAUGUGGUUUAGUGUGCACACCUCGGCCACCAUUGGAUACGGCCACAUGGCGCCAAAUCCAGACUGCGUCAGCACCAACCUCCUGAUCCUGGCGGAGGUGUUGACCACCUGCCUGCUGCAGGCUGCCCUGCUGGGCGUUGUAUACGCGAGAUUCAGGCACGCCUUCUGGAUCGUGCCUGGCAGUGGGCAUGUCACGCCUUCCAAGAGGGCCAGCACCCUCCGCUUCAGCGAGAUCAUGGCCUGCCACGACCAGGAUGAUGGCACCCAGUGGCUCUGCUUCAGGGUGGCCAACCUCCGCCAACACCAGCUGCUGCAUCCUGAGGUUCGCAUGCUCUUCAUGCGCCUCGUCCACCAUGGACCAGACAGCCAUGAGUACGUCUACUCCGACCUGAACGUCAGACAGGCGAGGCCCGAGCUGGGCGGCGGGAAGCUGUGGAUGGGGGUGCCCUCCAUCCUGUACCACACUGUGGAUGCUGACAGCCCCUUGUAUGGCCUGAACGAGGAGGAUCUGGAUGAGAUGGAUGUGGAGAUCCUCGCGAGGAGGUCCUACUUCCCCUCUGACAUUCGGUGGGGACACCAGUUCCGGCCUGUCCUGCGGAGAGGCCACAGCGGCCGGCUGGGCGUGGACUAUGCCGACUUUGAUGCCACGCAGACGGCGGCGCCUCCCGCUCCAAGCACUGCAGAGUCAGAUGGCGGCGUCUGA